CCCUGUACCAUCUCCAUGUGUGGCCCUGUCUCCUCUUCCUCCUCACAGGCGUUCCUGCCCUUGCUGAAGAAGGCUGCCCAGGGGAGCCCAGGCUCAGCGCUGAGCUGCAGCAAGGCAGCCAUCAUCAACAUGUCCAGCAUUGGGGGCUCCAUCGCUUCUCUGUUUGGGUUUGAUCUGAUGCAAGUUGUCUCCUACCGCUGCAGCAAGGCUGCUCUCAACAUGCUGACCAAGUGCCAGUCCCUGGGCUACCGGGAGCACGGCAUCCUCUGCGUUGCUCUCCACCCUGGCUGGGUGCAAACCGACAUGGGGAGCUCAGCUGGACACACACCCCCCGUGACGGUGGAGGCCAGCGUGCGAGGGAUGCUGAAGGUGCUCUCCUCCCUCGGCGAGAAGGACGCUGGCACCUUACUGGACUGGGAAGGGAAGGUGGUGCCCUGGUGAGACCCCAGCCUGGCCUCCUGGCAGUGGGGCCUGGGGCUGGUGCUCCCGCUGGCCCCCAGCCUCAAUAAAGCCUGACCCGAGAGCCCCCGG